AUGAACAAGGGACCCAAAAAAGUGCAGAAAUUGGUAAUGAAGCGCAUACAUUUACCAUCCCAAUUGCAAAUACGAUCUUCACUUACACCUCAUGAUGUUUCCGUUUUGAUACUAAUAUAUUACCACUGCUUUACCGAAUUGGUAAUACCUCCAAAAGUAUUCGUGAAAGUUAUUUCACCUUCCAUCCCAUCACUAGAGAUAAACCCUAUCUUGAAAAAAUCUUUGCCAAAUUAUGCUUCUCAUAAGCCGCUUAUACCCACUUUGGGACCUUUAAUUGAUUAUCUUUUGAGGCUUGAUGAGAGGAAAAUCGCGCUUAAAGUCAUAUCCUUCUUACAGUCCAUGGAGAGUUUAGACGUUUUCACUCAAUUGUUGAAAGUACUAAAUGAGAAUUGUUUGGUUAAGACUUACCGAUCUCAGUCGAGCAUUGGUGGUGCCUCUAAUAGGAGGAUAACCAAGACCAGCUUUAUUGGAAUAUAUUUGGUGAGAUGUCUCACAAAAUAUCAAAUUGGAGAUUUCAAAGACAAGGAAGCGUUAUGGGAAUCUUUCUCCCAAUACCUCUCCGACUUCAAACAGACUAGUACAUGGUUCAGUAUUGAAACAGAAGUGAAGGAAAUAGAGUUUGAUUUCAUGCCCAAAGGAAAUCCUCGGAGUGAGGAUCGAGAAAUGAUUUCACUUUUCAGGCAGCUGUCAAAUGACAUCUACUCAAGUAAUGCCUCUACCCUAAUGAUUGACAACACCUAUUUUCAAUCAAUAUUGAAUUGGCAAAUUUACGAUAUAGCGCAAAAGAAUGGAACUGUGGAUCCAGCGGUAAUGGACAUCACGAAAAAACUCUCUUCGAGUGAUAUGACGCAGUUUCCUGCCCUUCAUAUUAUACGGUACUUGCUUGCAGUACAAGCCAAUUGUUACCAAGAUGCUUUGGACGCCCUUCAUAAUUAUUUUGAUUAUAUGUUGACACAAAAUGAAGAAAGUUGUUUCCAUAUUUCUCUUCUUUGCUUGGCAACAUUUCAUAUGUGCUUUCAUGAUUGCCCUGCAGCUAUUAAAGCAUUUGAAGAGGCAACAAAAAUAGCCAGGGAAAAUAAAGAUUCAGCAACAUUGAAUCUUAUCAUGAUAUGGGUAGUGGAUUUCAUCGAAAUCUACCCUGAGUAUGCCAAGCAUUUUCAAGUAACCGUUGAUCAAAUUGUGAGAUAUCUCAAAUCAUGCUCCGACAACGAGAAUUCAUUGGUUUUCGAGAAUGCAUACAGAUUUGAGUCUUUACUUUUAAUGAUGGAUAACAGUAGUUCGAUUUCAUAUCUCGAAUCAGUAAUGAAAUACAUCGUGAUUGCUCUUCAAAGGUUGCAAUCCGGAUCAAAUAUUGCACCAGCUUUUAAAUACAGUGCAACUCUUUGGAAUUACUUAGGGUUUACAUCAGUUAGCAAAGUUUACCAGGUGGCAUCGAUGAGUAAUUUAAGUUCAAUGGAUUACGAUAUUCGAAGAGCUUUCGAUGCACUAGAAGCUGCGAAUUAUGAUGAAGUAUCUUCGUCCCUGAUGAAGCUGAAGUCACCGAGGUUAAAUAACGAACAGUUCAAGAUGCUGAAACUAUUGGAAAUCAAAUUCUAUAUAGCAAUGAAGGACUAUAAAACCAGCAUGAGAAAGGUGAAUGAAAGAUUAAAUGAGUCCAAUGAGUGCGUAAGUGAUGCAAGAUGGAAAUUCCAGUUUCAAAUUCAAAAAUGCAUAAUUUUUUUGUCAUCCAGUUUGGCAAUGCGUUCAAUUCCAUUAUUAAAAGACAUGAUAAAUGAUUCAGAAUUAAGCAAAAAUUGCUUUCAUACAGCACAAGCAUUGCUCUUACUUUGCCAAGUUUUACUAAGUAUAGGUAAAGCCGGGGAAUGCAAAAAACUUUUAAGUUCAAACUUACCUACUCUGCUCCAAUUUCCCCAGCUGGAGGACAAAGUUGUAGAAUUGUUCAAUGUACUCACGAUUUAG